GCGCUCCAGAUGGAGUUGGCGCGCAGUGGGAGUAGAGCUAUAGACUGUGAAGGCGUUGUUAGUGCUGCCUUGAUGAUCUCGACCUGGUUCCACUCACAGCCCAGCAGCCCGUCAUGGGGGACGGUGGUGGCGCGUCCUCGCCAGUGAACUUCCAGAAUGGCACAGGGAGCGAGGCGUCCGACUCACCGGGCUCCGCUGCAGCCGCCUCCGAGCAGUGGAUGGCGGGCAUGAGCGUGGUUAUGGGUUUGAUCGUCCUGUCCAUCGUGUUCGGAAAUAUCCUGGUCAUCGUGGCCAUCGCCAGGACGCAGAGGCUGCAGACUCUCACCAACGUGUUCAUCGUGUCGCUGGCGAGCGCGGACCUCAUCAUGGGGCUCCUGGUUGUGCCAUUUGGCGCGGCGCUCGCGGUGCGCGGUUCGUGGCUGUAUGGCACCUUUUUCUGUGAGUUCUGGAUCUCGGUGGACGUUCUCUGCGUCACCGCCAGCAUCGAGACCCUGUGCGUUAUCGCCAUAGACAGGUAUGUGGCUAUCACAUCACCUUUCCGCUACCAAAGCUUGUUAACCAAAGCCCGGGCCAAAGCGGUGGUGUGUGUGGUGUGGGCGAUCUCUGCGCUGGUCUCCUUCUUGCCCAUCCUGAUGCACUGGUCUCGGGACAGCGUGGACACAGACUGCUACGAGGACCCCGAAUGUUGCGACUUUGUCACAAACAGAGCAUACGCCAUCUCCUCAUCCAUCAUAUCUUUUUACAUUCCUCUCCUGGUCAUGAUAUUUGUUUACGCCCGCGUGUACAGAGAGGCGAAAAAGCAGCUGAGGAAGAUCGACAAGUGCGAGGGCAGGUUUCACAACACCUUAACCGGACUGACCUCCAAGUGCAAGAAGAGGCCGUCUAAGAUCCUGGCACUCAGGGAGCAGAAAGCGCUCAAAACGCUUGGCAUCAUCAUGGGAACGUUCACUCUGUGCUGGCUGCCCUUUUUCAUAGUGAACGUCGUGAGGGUUUUUUGCGCAGAGGUGGUGGACAAGGACCUUUUCGUGUUUCUCAACUGGCUGGGGUACGUGAACUCUGCGUUUAACCCCAUAAUUUACUGCCGAAGCCCAGAUUUCAGGAAGGCUUUUAAGAGGCUGCUGUGCUGCCCGAGGCAAGCCGACCGCAGGCUACACAUUAGCUCCUGCGACCUGUCCCGAUGCUCCGGCGGGUUCGUCACCUCUCUGGAGCCCGGAACGUUGGGGAUGUGGUCAGACUGCGCCGGCUUGGACAACAGUGAUAGUAGCCUGGGGACCGGAAAGUUGUCUCACUCCGAAUCACAACUGUGAGAGGGGGGGAUAAUGACAAAAUAGGCGAGUUUCUUUUUGGAGACGGAGUGCGUAAGAGACAUAUUUAAUCAUUUCAAUGGGGACCUUUUCAACAACAAACAGGAUCAUUUGAAUUCAAACAACAGGCGAAAAUGCUAGAAACGUGUUUGAAAGCCAUUUGUAAAGCAUCAGGAUAAAUAUUUUUCCCGAUAUCUCCCUUUGGCUCAGAGAGAGAGAGUUUAGUGUGAAAGAGAAAAUCAAAUUUGCCAAAAUUAUAGCUCAUCAACCCUAAAAUGAAGUGGCUGUAAAGCUUCUGUGAUUAAAAACCUGUCAGGUGCCGAAUUUGAAAUCCAGUAAAUCUGUGCAUCAGCCAAAGAGCGGAGUCGCACUCCUGUGAUUUAUGCCUGAUAUAAAUAUAAACUUUUCAGUUCUGAUUUUGUUCGAUAAACAGUUGAUUUCUGCAUUUAUGCGUUAUAAUGGGGAAGUGAGAGUCCGAUCCUCGCUCCAGGUUCGUGCGUAAAAAUUCGCUCAUCACCGCUCAGGCGCACUACAAUAAACUUUUAUUUAAAGGCACUGGAUAAGAUCAAGGCAUUUGUCGGAGUGACUGUAUUGCAGUCAUGUAGAGCUCACGAAGUAUUUUACCUCACAGCCAUCGGCAAGUGCAAUUUGUACAACAGGUAUUUGUUUAUAUUAAACAUUGGUGUAAAAUAGCCUAUUUAUUCCGCGCUGUCUUUUACAACUAAACGAGUAAUUGUGAGGCUGAUUCUAAUGCCCGUUGUACAUAAUGUGCUGUUUAGUGCCCAAGAGGAAUUUGAGCCUCUCCCUUUGUCUUUGGCUUUACAUGCUGUUGUGAGGUGGUGUGUUAUAAUGUCUGUGAAAAUAAAAGAAAGUUUUACUGUUUA